UGAUGACAAGACUCCUGUAGUAAUUGAUCAUUCGUCGCGGCCGUUAUCGCAGUAUACAAUAUCUUCUAAGUUUCUAGUUUAUAUCCACCAAGCUACCACAUAAGAAACCACCCUUGGUAAAGCAUUAGUAUCUCAAGCUUCGCAAAGCUUCGCACAGCCUUGGCACUAUUUUUAUUUACCUUUUGUUUACAUUCACACAACCAUGUCCUCCUCAUCUCGAGAUGGGUCCAGCAGAAGUUUGCCUAACAAAACCCCCUGUCUCAGUUUCUGGCAGCGAACAACCCGUUCAUUUCCCCUGCUACAUGCGAAUCGAAACACAGCUGUUCCUUCUAGGUCCAAGUACGUAGUUAUUGGCUCUGGGAUCUCCGGUGGCCUCGCAGCAUUCGAACUUAUCGAGGCUGGUGUCAAAGGGGAGGAUAUCAUAAUUCUCGAGGCGCGAGAGGCAGCAAGUGGUGCAAGCUCGCGAAAUGCAGGACACGUACGACCAGAUGCAUUCCGGGGAUUCAGUGCAUAUGCAAAGGUCCAUGGCGAGGAACAAGCUCUAAAGAUAAUUGCCAACGAGCGCCUCGUGCUCGAGAAGGUAGAUGAAUUUACUAAGAAACAAAGAGUCCAGUGCGACUUCAACCUGACCACAACAUUCGACGUAUGCAUGACGCCCGAGUUUGCAACGUAUGAAGCCGAAAGCUUCGAAGCGUACAAAGCUGCAGGAGGCGAUGUCUCACACAUCAAGUUCUAUGAAGGCCAAGAAGCGCAAACAAAGACGAAAGUAAAAGGCGCUGUCGCAGCAUAUGAGUGGCCUGCUGGAUCCAGUCAUCCGGCGAAACUCGCGCAGUUUCUCCUCCAGGCGGUUGUAACUCGCGGGGGCAGAUUGUUCACGUUCUGCCCAGCUACGGAACUGAGGCGCAAUGAAUCGGAGCCAGAGCUCUGGGAUGUGCAUACUCCGCGAGGGGUCGUUACAGCGGAACGGGUAGUCCAUUGUACGAACGCUCAUGCAGCACUCUUGUUGCCACAUCUGGAGCCUUAUAUCCAGCCGAACCGCGCUCAGGCGCAUAGCUUAAUCCCCGCUCCCUCGUUCGCAGCCGGGAAUUCCCUUCAGGAAACCUUUUCGCUGCGUUAUAGUCUACAUCACUUCUACUCUUUAAUUCAAAGGCAGAAUGAUGGUACACUCGUCCUGGGUGUGUCGCGAUCGAACCCUACCCUCAGUGAGGAAACACGAGCUAGUGUUUAUAGCACAGACGAUACGAGCUAUAACGAGGAGAUAGUCCGAGAUGCUCUCCAAAGCUUCAACAAGAUAUUUCCUGAGUUUGAUAGCGCGAAUGCCGUGCAUGGGGAGGGUCUGGAUCACGCCUGGACCGGAAUCAUCGCCAUGACGACCGACUCCGUACCGUUCGUUGGGGCAAUUGAAUCCCUGCCGGGGCAAUAUAUUUGCGCUGGGUUCAAUGGGCAUGGAAUGGCACGUAUAUUUACUUGUGCGCCGGGGGUUGCCAAAAUCAUGCUUGGAAAGGAGUGGGGCGAUACAGGUUUGCCUGAAUGUUUUAGAUUCAAUGAAGAGAGGCUCUCCAGACUGUCUACAAAUACUGUGGGGUCUGUGUGGUGAAUUCAUAGAUGAUUUUGAUUGAUUGGUGGUCUGCAGGUUGUGGGUUUGAAUUUCGAAGAUAACGGACUAUGAAGACUUUUGUCAUUUUAGACCAAAUGUGAUUGUGGAUAGAGAAAAUACCUGCAUUUGUUUUAAUGGCCGGUGCUUGUAUUUUGGUCGCGGUGAUACCCGUAGUCCUAUUUACAAGCCUCCGACAUUCAGAUGUGCAGCAGAUCUCUCGAAAAAGAGACUCGCAGGUUCGGAUGAUGCCAGAAGACCUACACUGAGCUUUGAUCUAACAAUAUAAAACAGAAACACCCUCCUGUGUGCGAAAUAUGUG